AAAAGAAAGACAAAAACCCUCCUCGGGGGAGCUUUUAAAUGCGAGUAAACGACCACCAAAGUCUCUCUCUCUCUCUUUCCCCAAGCUUCCACCACAUCGUCACGCUCACGCCCUUAUGGAAGAAAACGUAGAACAAGAAGAAACCUCCUUCUCAUCUCUCUUCUCCUGUUUCAUCGCUCUCUCCACUCUGAUUCUCAUCUAUUCUCCCAUCAUUCAUCUCUCCCCUGUUCUUCUCAUCUCCGGAGCCCUUCUCCUCUCUCUUCUCCACCUCGGAUCGACGACCACCCGAGAACCGGUUACCCGACCCGGUAAAAGCAAAGAAGGAGAGAGUAAAACCGAGGAGACUACUGAAGAAGAAGAAGAAGAAGAAGAAGAAGAAGAAUCUGAUGUUUUGUUCGAUGUUUGUUCGUUGUCCGAACGAGACAAACAAGAUUCCGACAGAAGUCACGAGUUCGUGGAGUGGGACUUGAGAGCGCCGUUGGAGGUGAUACACGAAGCCUACGAAGAGGACGAAGAAGAGAAUCCGACCCGGUUUAGAGAAAUCGAGAGAUACCCGUCGUUGUCGCUCUGUUACCCGGAAACUGAUUCAGGAUCGGAUUCGGAUUCAUCGUCGGAGUUUACUUUUCCGGAGAUGAGUAGCUGGAUGUCGCCGGAGAAAAUGGGGUACAGGUGGGAAGAGGAGGAGGAGGAGGACGAUGGAGCAGCGGGGUUGAUCGAGAUUAAACUACACGAUGAGUAUAAGAAGAAGAAGAGGAAACAGAAUCAAACGGAGUUGGAUUUUCAUGCAGAGGAAGAAGGUUUGAUCGAGAUCGAUCUUUUUCCUUGAUCGUUCGUGAGAAUUGAGUUUUAUAUAUUUUUUUUUUUGCUUCCAAUGUUUUAUAUAACGACUUCAGUGUUUUAAAAACAGUUCCAUAACGAUUUUUGCCGGAUUAGAAAGAAAGAAGAAGAAGAAUCAGUAUUGGCUCGUUUUUAUGCGAAUGUGAGGAUUAGUUCAGUUUCUGAACUUCUACAAAAGAUUCGAACUCUAAUUUAGCAUGUGAAAUGUAUGAAGACAUGUCAACAAUUAAUUAGAUACGGCGUUUGUGAAAAAUUGUUUGAUCUGGUGAUUUAUAUUUACACCGAUAUUUGUCUAAUGUAUAUUUUAGACAAAUAUCCUAUUUUUGUUUUA